AAGAAAAAGAAGAAGAAGAAGGAGGUAGGGACAGCGCGCCUGUGUGUGUUUAGUUUGCGCUAAGAUUAUGCUGUGCUGGCAACUGCUAUGCGGAGCCCAGCCCAGCCUUGUAGGAUUAUAAUUAGGAGGUUAUCCCAAUAGUUUGUGAAGCUGGUGGCAACGCAUCAUACAUAUUCGGCGCUGCAGAAUGUCCAAGAUCAGGCGGAAAGUUACAGUGGAGAACUCAAAGACCAUAUCAGACAGCAGCAGUAGUAACAGCACGACCACCCCCUCCCGUAGGCCUAGUGUGUUUGAGAGACUCGGCCCCAGCACAGCCAGUAAUGCUGCAGAGACCCAUUGUAGAAACUGGUUAAAGACUGGAAACUGCAGUUAUGGCAGCACAUGUCGGUACACACAUGGAACUCCAUCACAAGAAAAAGGCUUCUCUGGAAAAUUUAACAGGUCAGCAGAAAGGCCCACUGGGGAUCUUCGGGAGAGGAUGAAGAAUAAGAAACAGGAUGUAGAUGGUGACACUCAAAAAAGAGACACAGACAAGCCCACUUCCCCUACAACCAGACAGCAAGAUUCAUCCAAAAUCAGACAGAGAGAGAAAGAAGAUAUCAAAAUCACAAAGGAGCACACACCAGCUAGUGAGGAGGAGACGGUGGAUUGGGAAGCCAGUCGUGAAGAUUCUGAUAACGGUGAUUACGAUUACGAGUUAUCCCUUGAGAUGAAGAGACAGAAGAUUCAACGUGAGCUGAUGAAGCUGGAGCAGGAGAAUAUGGACAAACGAGAGGAUGUCAUCAUUAAGAAAGAGGAACAAGUUUCCAAAACUAGAAACAGCAAUUCUUUGAAGGACAAGGCCUCUCCUAAGCCCUCAAGUUCUAAGGGGUCACCUUUGUCCCGUAAGUCCAGCUGCUCUCCCAAACAUAAAGCUACAGGGAAGAGUGGGACCUCAAGCAAGAAAGAGAAGUCCUCAACUUUCUCAGUCAUUUCUUGUCCAGUGUCUGACCAGCCCAGGGCAGAAAAGACAGACGGCAGAUCUUCAAAAAGUGGCCAUAGCAGAAAGAAAGGGCCACGGACUCCAAGUCCUCCUCCACCUGUCCAUGUGGGACCACCAGUGGCUGGAAAGAAACACAAAAAUAAACACAAAAACAAGGAGAAAGCAGAUGACAAGCUUAAAGAGGGAAAAGAGAGAGGAUGUGAUCUGGAAAAACACAAGGAGAAAAAAGAAAAGCGCAGGUGUAGAACCCCACCGCGUCACCGGUGCAGCCCCUCCCCUCAUUCCAGACAACAACACUCCCCCUCCUCACACUCUGGGUCCUCAGCACUGAGACAAUCCCCCUCCCCUCGCCGCAGACAGGGUUCUGUCUCCCCCCCUUACCAACAAGACUUUCCCCCUCCCUCUUCAUUCUCACCCCCUCCUAUCCAGUCUUCACGCCACUCCCAUUCUCCACUCACCCCUCAUAGAGAGGCCUCCCCAAGCCCCACCCCUCGCAGGUCUAGCCCCAGCUCCCGUCACCGCUCACAGGCCAGAGAGAGGGGUAGAGGAGAGAGAGACAGGAGUCCUGUGUUCCCGGAAAGACGCCAUGAGCGCAAAGAUGAGAGCCGUAUGAAUCGUGAGAAGGAUGGCUGCCGUGAUGAACGAGACUACGAGAUUGAACGCAUUUCUGUACGUGAUGGCUGUGAUGCCAAAGACAGUCGAGACCGCCGUGGUGAACGAGAUAGACGUGAUGCCCGGGAUGAGCGACAUCAUCGUGGAGAGGUUAAGGAUUCUAGGGAUACUUAUGCAACAGAAACGCGAGACCGCUCUGGACAAGAAUCCCUGGAACAGAGAGAGAGAGACCGUGAAAGGGAAAGGGAAAGAAAAGAAAUUCAUAGAAAAGAGGAAACUUCCCAGGAGGACAGGAGUUAUGGAAGAGGACAUGGAAAGGAAGAAGUAAAAAUUGAUACCAGAGUGGAGAUCAGGAAUGAAUCUCGAGCUGAAAGAACAGGAAGAGGGAGGGGACGUGGAUCAGAUUCCCAGGAUCAGAAAGGGUCUGCUCGUGGUAACAGAGCAUCACAAAGUGACACCAGUGGUACUCAUGGACAUGAAAGCUGGGAGCCCCGGAGCAGUUUCAGAGAUAGGAGUUCUGAAAAGAACAGUGAUCGAUAUGACAACGAUAGGUUGCGAGGAGAACAGGUCAGAGAUGACCGGAGGGUAGGGCAUGCGGAGAGAGAUUGCCGUGACAACAGAGAAAGAGAACAAAGAGCGUCUCCUCGCCAUCAACAGAACCGUGGUGAAGACCUUGAAGAGAGGAGAGAUGACCGAAGGAACGAUCGAGGGGAGGAAAGAAGAGAAGAACGUAUCCGUGAAAGAGAGAAGGAGAGAGAAAGAGAGAAGGAGAGAGAAAGAGAGAAGGAGAGAGAAAGAGAGAAGGAGAGAGAGAGGGAAAAAGAGAGAGAGAGGGAAAAAGAGAGAGAGAGGGAAAAAGAGAGAGAGAGGGAAAAAGAGAGAGAGAGGGAAAAAGAGAGAGAAAGAGAUGUUGAAAGAGAAAGUGAGCGAGUCAGGGAAAGGGAACGCGAAAGAGAGAGAGAAAGAGAACGGGAAAGGGAUGAACGGGGGCGGGAAAGGGAGAGAGAUGAGCGGGUGAGAGAUGAGCGAGUGAGAGAAAGGGAACGAGAGAGGAAGGAAAGGGAUAGGGAGCAGAGGGAGAGGCAGAGGGAAUGGGAAGAAAGGGAGAAGAAAAGGGAGGAGAGGCGAGAGAGAAGGGAUGAGUUGCGAGAUGAUCGCUCUGGCCGAGAUGCUCAGGAAGAGAAGAAGACCAUCCGUAAGAGACAUCGUGUAGAGAACACGCCCAGUCCACUGCUAUCUCCUAAAAGAGGACGAGAUGUGAGCCCUGCAGACAGUGAAGGUUACAACAGCAUUGAAGAAAAAGGAGAUAAGCGCCGCCUGCUAAGUCAAGUGGUUCGUCCCCAGGAACCCCCCCGCUCACCGGUCUGCUUGUUUACUGAUGAUAAGAACACUCGCUGGAAGGAUGAAGACCACCGUGGUGAUAAACAAGAUGGCAGCCUACACGAGGUGGUGGAUUCCCAAAGUGAGAGAGGACCCGGAAGAGGAGCAGAGCGUCGUGAGGAACAUUCUCUAGAUGUUUCUGCUAACAAUAGUAUCUGUGACUCCAGAAGGGGAAAAGAGCAGAGAGACCUCCCCUCUGCUUCCUUGAUUCCAUCUGCCUCUAUAGAGGAGAAAGGCCCUGUGUCUGCUGUUCAUGAGGAAGGCAAGAAAAAGCCUAAAUCUCAGAAGAAAUAUGUGAAGAAGAACCGUAAAGAGGAGGAGGGAGCAGCUGGAGGAGGGGAACAUGGUAACUUACGUUCCAUUGUACCUGAAACGCGCCAGCCUCUUCUUUCCCACUGCAAGACACCCAAAAGAAAAGCCAUAGAUAGGAAGCGUAAAUGCUCUGGUGCUGCACAGUCAGAUGUUUCUGAGGAUGAGCUGGUAACCCAAAACCCUGUCAGUAAGAGACAACGUGGAUCAUGUACACCCCCAUCAAUAAACAAGGAUGACCUUCUGUCCCAAAGGCCUUUAACUGUUGGAAGGAGUUCUCUUGCAACAAAAAUUGAUGCUAACUUCAGUGACUGGUCUGAUGAUGAUGUACCAGAGCGAGCCGAGUCAUCCUCUGCGUCCCAACCAUCUGGGAGGCCUCCAGUGAGAAUACUUUCAUCUGAGUGUCCCCCCAGAAGAGGUGCGUGUGGUGGUGGCAGAGACCGUAUUGAUCCCCCCAUCGCCCCCCUGCUCUCUGAUGCUCCAAUAUUAAUGCAGUCACUUCCUUUACAACCGUUGCUGCCGAAACACCUGCUGCGCAAAUCGCAGCAGGCAGACUUGCAGCAGCACAUCAGUGGUAUGUCAUCAAGUCGAGCAUCAUCAAGAAGACUGUCCCCACCUUCCAAUGAGUCAGCUCACUGUGAUGAGGGCCAACAGGGUAUGAGAUCUCGUAGAGGACCCACCCAGGGCACCAACUUGCGUGAUCGUGAUCAGCGAGAACGCGACAGAGAAAGAGAAAAAGACAGGGAGAGGGCAGUUGGUAGUGAUCACACAGGAGGAGAGAGAAAAUCAAGAAUUGAUCAGCUGCGGAGAGGAGAACCCAGUCGGAGUACCUCCUCAGACCGACAGGAUUCUCGUAGUCUUAGUUCCCGUCGCAGUUCACCAGAGUCUGAACGUCAAGCUCGCUCUAGAGCUGGAUCUUAUGACAGCCGAGAACGUGAUCGAGAUCGUGAUCAGUUGGAACGAGAGCGUGAGAAAAAUCGUCAAUUGCAAAAUCAAACCCAACAACGAGACUGGGAACCAGAAUCUCGUGAGUGGGGUGGCCGGUCCAGAGACCCCUUCCUUCGUGGAAGCCGGGAGCUAAUUAGAGAGCGAGACAUGCGAGAACGGGAGCGACUAUUACCAGAUGGGCUGCUGUCACAUGACAGAAUGGAUCGUGACCGAGCUGAAAGAGACAGAGAACGGGAAAGGAUUCUCCCAUAUAAUCUUCAAACUCACAGGGAACCAAAGAGCAGAGCUGAGAUGAAGGUGGAUAGGGGAGAAUAUGAGUCAAGAGAAGCCCUUAUAAAUCUAGAAAACCCUAGUGAUAGCUCAAAUUUGCAAGAAGCAGCAUCUGAGAAAAUGGAUAGCCUUGAUGAAGAAGAGGAUGAAAAGGGAGACACUGUGUCAGGUGGUGAGGAGUACGAGCCAAUCAGUGAUGAUGAACUUGAUGAGAUUCUGGCAGACAGUCAAAAGCGGGAUGAACAGCAAGAUGAUGAAAAAAAUUCCGGGCAUGUGGAUGUGAUUGAUGUAGACUGGUCAAGUUUAAUACCCCGGCAAAAACAAGAGUUAAGAGCUCCUGGGGCAGCACUGCUCAAAUUCACUCCGGGGGCUGUGCUCCUCAAAGCAGGAGUCUCCAGAAACUUGGCUGGGCCUCAACUCCUUGCCAAGGUUACAGAGGUGUGCUGCAAAGAGCUGGAAGAUCCUAAAGAUGCUGAUAAAGUGUUAGAGCAUGAUCUGGGAGCUCUGAACAUGGCUGCACACAACAGAAGAAUGGAAAGGGCCAGUCUGCUGAGGAGUUUUGGCUAUCGUUGUAAGGCACUGUGUGCGCGCCAGGACAUUGCCAUACGCAGACAAUUGCUAAAAAAUGACAGGGGCACAACCAAACAAAUCUACACAUGUGCUCCAGUUGUUGAAAGUGAGCUACUGCAACUCAGUGUGCAACUUCUUAAAAAGAAAAUGUCUUCCAACCAAACUAGUGGUCAGAAGUCGUCUGAUUCAGGCUCUACAUCUCAACAGCUCAGCACACCGGCAGAGGUGUGCGUUUCCUGAGCACAUUCCAUGAGUAGAAGACAAAAGUGCAGAAUUCAAGUACAGAAACUUUGAGUCAAGUGUGGUAAAGACGUACUGAAUAAGAUUUUUCUUAUUUAGAUUUGUUUGUGAUUUUUUGUAACAUCAGAUGUGUGAACAACUUUGCUGAAUGUGAUGUGUAUAAUGUGUACUGAAAAUGCAAAAAUGCAAGUGAUUUUGUUCAUGUAUUAAUGCAUGUUACCCUUCUUUGUCAAUUUUGUUUUAAAAAAAUCUUUGUAAUAUCUUGUUCAGCACUCUGUUUUGUCUUUGUUUUAAUAAAACGACAGGAUUCAUAAUUGA